AUGUCGCGGAGAGCGCUGAAAGUGAUGGCUGAAGUAGGCCUGAGAGCGGUUUCUUGUCCUGGAGUUCGUCUACCAGCCAAAGAUGAUUUAUACCUCAGCGUUUCCUUCAUGGGCCAGUGUGGCCAGUCUGAAAGUCUCCCUGCUGUCUUCCCUCUGCUCAUCCACGAGAAGAUGACUUUUGAAAAGGCACAUAUUUUCCGACACGCUGUCGACCCCAGAGACAUCACUCUCAUGCUUGCCUAUGAGACAGUCCGGAUAGAGCUGGUGCAGAUGAUGCCUCCAGUGGGGGACACUCUGGCUUGUUUUGAAGAAGAUGCUCAAAGUUUUUUAUUUCCAGAACCCAAGCUUGUUCGCCCCUUCUCUGGAGUGGAUCGAGAGGUUCUGAUGAGCAGAGCACCUCAUUUUCUUGUAGGUCCCAGCCACUGGACACAUAGAGGUAUUGCUCCGAGGUUGGAGUUCACCACCAAAACAACCAUCACUGAGUGCUCACCUGAUGCUGAGGUCAAGGUUUACCCAAAUAAACCCAUGAAGCCAUUUGGAAAGCAGAGCACGAGGCGGUCCAGUAAACCGAGAACAAGAUGUCCUCCACUCCGUGGAGGGGAGCGCGGGGACAGGGCUGACCGUGGGAGGGAGAGCAUCGUCUGGCCUUCAUCAGACCAGCCCAGAUCCCUGUCCCUGUCCCCUCUGAGGGACAGGAACCCUCAGCAUCCGGCCCGGCUUAGCUCAGACUCCACCACUCCCCGCCCGUCAGCAGGUGGCAGAGAAGUGCUUUGUGAGCCAUCCUGUGCAGCACUUAUGCCCACAGUUGCUGAAUUCCUGGCCUGGAACCGGACAGUCUGCAUGGUUGACCAGCUCCUCUUCUCAUCUGACCAAGCCUUCCACCACAGGUUGGUGAAAUACCUGAAGGUGAUCCCAUGUCUUUGGAAACACAGGAGCUCUCUGACAGUCAUCGUGGUCCUCGCCCCUCAGAACUACAGCGGCCCUAUAGAAAAGGGCCCGCUCACAUCAGGCUGGAGUGCAGUCCUCACAGAGCGUGGGAGGAGGUCCACGAUCGAGUUCGGGGACUCCUCACUACUCCUAAAGCUGUGCACAGACUUCUUA